GAUAACUGGAUACUUGAGAGUUCGAAGUACAAAAUAAUCUGCGAAGAACAUUUCAAGUGGUCACGACGUCUAUAAGAAGGAGACCGAUUUAGAUCUACGUGUUACUGUAGUUUGUUUCAUCAGUUGCCAUGGUGACACUGAAGUUCUUAUGCCUUCUGUUCGUGUCGGCUGUGUUUGCCGACAGAGCCACCUACCACAACUAUCAGGUGCACCGCGUGGUGCCUGAAAAUCAGGAGCAACUGAAGGUUCUGAAGGAGCUGGAAGAUGAUCCAAAUGGUCUGAGCUUUUGGGUUGGCCCAAGUCGAAUUCAGAAGGCUGUGGACAUCAUGGUGCCGUCGCAUAUGCUACCUCGAUUCAACGAAAUUUUAGCAAGCCUCAGCCUCAAAUCCGAGGUCUACAUCAGCAACGUUCAGCAUCUCAUCGAUACGGAGCGUCCCAAGGUGAGGCCGAGGGCUGACUUUGGCUGGACAGACUACUACACGCUGGAUGAAAUAUACGCCUGGUUGGAUUCUCUGGUAGAAAAGUACCCUGGGGUCGUGACCCCAAUUGUUGGAGGUGAAUCCUACGAGGGCCGACAGAUACGGGGUGUAAAAGUGUCCUACAAGACAGGAAAUCCUGGUGUCGCUUUAGAAGGAGGAAUUCACGCCCGAGAGUGGAUUUCUUCUGCCACGGCGACGUACAUCCUGAACAAGCUGCUGACAAGUGAGGAUCCAGUGAUUAAGGACCUAGCACAGUCUUUCGACUAUUACGUCUUCCCUGUCACCAACCCAGACGGCUAUGUGUACACUCACACAACGGAUCGCACGUGGAGAAAGACCCGAAGUCAGUCAAACUCCGCUUGCUAUGGUGCAGAUCCGAAUAGGAAUUGGGACUUCCACUGGAUGGAGGCUGGAGCCAGCAGCUCGCCAUGUUCUGACUCGUACGCAGGAGCGUCUCCAUUCUCCGAAAUAGAAACAAGAACUCUGGCUAAUUACUUGAGGAGCAUCUCGGACACUCUCCUUGUAUACUUGGAUUUUCACAGUUACAGUCAGCUGCUCAUGUUUCCCUAUGGACACAGUCAAGAUCACGUAUCCAACUAUGACGUGCUGUAUCCUCUCGGUUUAGAGGCAGCAGCAGCACUAGCUAAAAACAAUGGAACUCGGUACGAAGUCGGCUCCAUAUAUGACGCAAUUUACCCUGCCAGUGGUGGAAGCAUCGACUGGGUGCGUGGCGUUCUAGACACCCCUUACUCGUACGUGUGGGAGUUGAGGGACACUGGACGGUACGGCUUCUUGCUUCCUGCCAGUCAAAUUAUCGACACUGCCGAGGAGACCCUCAGUUCAGCAGUUGUCAUCCUGUCACACGCGAAAAGCAAUCUCCGUGUCAACAAGAAACAAUGAAAGAUCGAUAAAGCCAACAGCACUAAAUAACUACUUUAUCCUAAUUCUCAUAUCGAAAUAAUAAUGGUGGCAACUGGUUUCAAGGUACAUCGAGGGCAUCAUGCCAGAAAGUCGUAUAAGCAUAUUUGCAUAAUCGGAGAUAUUUGGUCUGACAACACGAAAUAGUAGGACGUAUGUCGUGCCAGAAGGGUGAAACGUUGAUACAGUUCUACACAGAUAUACAAACAGUUAAAUUUUGGAGGAUGAACACUAAUAAUGCAUGUGUGUCUCCUGUAAAUAAGUCAUUCUGUUGACGCCCAUCUGACAUGAUGCCUUCGAUAUAAGCUGAGAAUGUAUACGUUAAAAGCAAGUAGUGUGUGUGUCCGUCAAAAUGGUGUGGUUGUGAUCUGUAAAAAUGCAUAAAUAAUCUUCAAUCACUCGGGGUAAAGUUCAUGAACAUCGUGCACUGAUUGCUGAAUACGUAAUGCUUCAUAUUGCCAAACUGUAUUGUACAUUUACGCUUAAGCACUCAAAUAAAAUGUAGUACCCAUUGGCUUAA